UACGCGCUUCCGCGGCGGUCCGGCGGCUGCUGGCCCCACCGCCGCCCUCUCGGAGGCGGGCCGGGCAGACGGCGGCGGCGGCCAUGUUUGUGGCGCGCAGCAUCGCGGCGGACCACAAGGACCUCAUCCACGAUGUGUCUUUCGACUUCCACGGGCGCCGGAUGGCCACCUGCUCCAGUGACCAGAGCGUCAAGGUCUGGGAUAAAAGUGAAAGCGGAGAUUGGCAUUGUACUGCUAGUUGGAAGACACAUAGUGGAUCUGUAUGGCGUGUGACAUGGGCUCAUCCUGAAUUUGGACAAGUUUUGGCUUCCUGUUCUUUUGACCGAACAGCAGCUGUUUGGGAAGAAAUAGUAGGAGAAUCAAACGAUAAACUUCGAGGACAGAGUCACUGGGUGAAGAGGACUACUCUAGUGGAUAGUAGAACAUCUGUUACUGAUGUGAAAUUUGCUCCCAAACAUAUGGGUCUCAUGUUAGCAACCUGUUCAGCAGAUGGUAUAGUAAGAAUAUAUGAGGCCCCAGAUGUUAUGAAUCUCAGCCAGUGGUCUCUACAGCACGAGAUCUCAUGUAAGCUGAGCUGUAGCUGUAUUUCUUGGAACCCUUCCAGCUCUCGUGCUCACUCCCCCAUGAUCGCCGUGGGAAGUGAUGACAGCAGUCCAAACACAAUGGCCAAGGUUCAGAUUUUUGAGUAUAAUGAAAACACCAGGAAAUACGCAAAAGCGGAAACUCUUAUGACAGUCACAGAUCCUGUUCAUGAUAUUGCCUUUGCUCCAAAUUUGGGGAGAUCUUUCCACAUCCUGGCAAUAGCCACCAAAGAUGUAAGAAUUUUCACAUUAAAACCUGUGAGGAAAGAACUUACUUCUUCUGGUGGUCCCACAAAAUUUGAAAUCCAUAUCGUGGCUCAGUUUGAUAAUCACAACUCUCAGGUCUGGAGGGUGAGUUGGAACAUAACAGGAACAGUGCUAGCAUCCUCAGGAGAUGACGGCUGUGUGAGGUUGUGGAAAGCUAAUUACAUGGACAAUUGGAAGUGUACUGGUAUUUUGAAAGGUAACGGGAACCCAGUAAAUGGGAGUGCUCAGCUUGGAAACUCAAAUCCUUCACUAAGCUCAAAUACUUCAAAUCUUCAAAACUCAUUGCAUGGAUCUUCUGCUGGCAGGUAUUUCUUUCCCCCUCUGGAUUCCCCACGGGCUGGAUCAAGAUGGUCCAGUUGUGCCCAGCUCCUUCCUCCUCCUGCUCCUCUGGUAGAGCACUCUUGCGAUGCCGACACUGCCAACCUCCAGUAUCCUCACGCUCGCCGAGGGUACCUCUCUCGGCCUCUUAAUCCCUUACCUGAGAAUGAAGGGGUUUAAAACACUGAUUUAAAGGCCUUGUUCAGAUGCUUGUAAAUGCUUUUAUUCCAGGCUGCUUUUUUGGUUUUCUUCAUUUUCUUUCAGAAGAUCUUUCUUACGUAGGGCAUGUCUUGCAUGUAUUACAACUGAAGUGUUUGGAACCAAACCUGUUUGUACUUCUGAAUCAGGAAACCCUGGCAUCACUAGUUGGUUAUCUCUGAUGAGAUGAGCUUCAAAAAAGCAACAUUAACUGUGAAAGAUUUCCAGUAUCUGAUUCAGAGUGCCUGUCUUGUAAAUUCUGUGUGGAAUUGUUAUCAUAGAGUUCAGUUUAGCCUGUUAAUAGGCAGCUUCGUGUGAAAGCAUAUCAUUGUGGACUUCACUGUGCAUUUCAGACAUUAAGAAACGUUUUGAAUUUUAUAGGUUGAUGUUAACAAAUGACUGUAAAAUAAAUCAUUCCUGUGUAUAAAGCAGCAAAUCAUAAGGAUAUUUUUGGUUUUGUUUUUUAAACGAAAAUGCCUUUCACUACUUGGGAAUUACUGCUUAAAGCUUUUGUAAUUAUUCUCCAAGUAGAUUAUUUAAUAAAAAUAUUUUAAAAGAUAA